AGUUAUUAAUUAUCAGUAAUCACCGAAAAUCUAGACGCAGAUUUGAAUUUACGAAUUUCGAAUUUCGAAUUUUUCGAUCACAGUCCAAGCAAAAGCAAAAGAAGAUGUCGUUGAUUCCAAGCUUCUUCGGUGGCCGACGAAGCAGCGUCAUCGAUCCCUUCUCUCUCGACAUUUGGGAUCCCUUCAAGGAUUUUCCUUCCUCCUCGCUGUCUGCAAAUUUCCCAGAGUUUUCUAGGGAAAACUCUGCCUUCUUGAGCACCCAAAUCGAUUGGAAGGAGACCCCAGAAGCCCAUGUGUUCAAGGCCGAUAUUCCAGGGCUCAGGAAAGAAGAAGUGAAGGUGGAAGUUGAAGAUGAUCGGGUGCUCCAGAUCAGCGUUGAGAGGAACGUGGAGAAGGAGGACAAGAACGAUACUUGGCAUCGAGUUGAGCGCAGCAGCGGGAAGUUCUUGAGGAGGUUUAGGCUUCCAGAGAAUGCCAAAUUGGAUAAGAUUAAGGCCGCUAUGGAGAAUGGGGUUCUUACUGUGACUGUCCCUAAAGAGGAGGUCAAAAACCCCGACGUCAGGUCCAUUGAAAUCUCUGGUUAAAACUUUGUCCGCUUUGAUUAACUGAGAGUGGUCUUCUGGGUGUAGUGUGGGAGCGUGAAUAAGAUAGUGUUUUAUAAUGGUUUAUGGUUCUGUGUUCUUUCUUGUAUAAAUGUUGUUUGUGGUAAUGUCAAGCUGAACUUCUUUUCA